GAUGAUUUAAAUACCUUGCUAAUUACAAUAACAUGCUAAUGAGAAGAUUGAAUAUUAUUGUUUUAGUAUUUGCUGCUAAGAGAAUAGAUUACUUUGUUAUAAAUGCCUUUAGCAAACUAAACAUUAAGACCAUCAAGUCUUGAAAUUAUCUGGAUUGAAUGAACACACAAAAGAAUUUUCUGACAAAUGCUAAGAAAUAAUUAGCAAAUUAUUAGAUUAUAAAUUUUAGUUUAUAGAAUGUAUUGAUGAAUUAGUAAUAAAUUUACAAUAAAAAUUCUAAUAACAACCAAAUAACUUAAGCCAAUUUACAUAUGAUUAAUUAGAAUCUUAUUUAUCUGGACUCUUAAAAUUUGAGGAAAAUAAUCUAAUGAUACAUAAUGAAGUGCUAUAAUAUUUAGAAUUAGCAAAAAAUAAUAUUUUACAUGCUAUUGAUGGACUUGAUGUAAAAGCAGGCUUACAUUAUUAAGCUCCUCCUGAAAUACAAUAAUAAGUUAUAGAAUUAUAAAAUUUAGGUUUAUUAAUAUUUCAUUUAUUUAGGUACUUAAUUAUUCAGAAACUAAAAUAUCAUGCAAGCCUAAGAUGUGAUGAAUCGAACUUUAAUUUUAGAUCCUAAUAAUUCUACUACAUUAGUAAUGAAAGGUAUUCAAUUUUACUUAGAUUCUAGGUACUUUGUUACUUUCUUAAACCAAAAAUUAUGAGGCUUCAAAAAUUUUUGAUAGAGUUUUGAAAGUUGAUCCUAAUAACAUAUAAGCAAUAAAUGGUUUAGGUAUAAAUUAAUUUAUAUUUAGGGGAUGCCUUAAGAGGAAGAAGUAAAUUUUCUGAAGCUCUUCAAUAAUAUGAAAAAACCCUUGAAAGAGAUCCAGACAACAAAUAAGCAUUGUUGGGAAAAGGUAUUAAAUUUAAAAAUAUAAAAUUUAGCUCAUUGUUUAGGGAAAGAUAAAAAAUUCUAAGAUGCUAAAAAGAUAUAUGACCGUAUAUUGAAUUAAAACCAAAAUGAUAUGGAUGCUCUUUGGGGUUUGGGUAAUUAUAUUUAUGAGAUUUUAAUAGCUGAUCUUGUACGAAUACAAUAGAAAGAUGAGGAGGCAAUAAGGUUGUAUAAUAAAGUCUUAUAAUUAAAUUAAAAUCAUGUGGAAUCAUUAAGUGGCAAAGGUAUUUUAUAAGUGUUUAACCAUUUUGAAUAGGUGAUUGUUAUAGAUUACUUGGAAAAUUUGAUGAUGCAAUGAAAUGUUUAUAGAAAGCAUAAUAACUAAGUCCCAAGCAUGUUUUAAAUUUAACUAGAAUUGGUAAAAAAGAUUCAUAAAAUAAGGGGAUUGUUUAAGACAAUAAAAGAAAUUUUUAGAGGCUAUAAAUUAUUAUAGUGAGGCUUUGAGCAUUGAUCCUCAAGAUGAAUGGUCAUAGUCUAAAAUAAGUAUAAUAUUAUUUUAUUUCAAGACGAAUGCAGAAUAAAUAUCCAAAAAAGAUAAUAAUGAU